CGACAUACGACAUUGGUUACCGCGAUGAACGUAUUGUCUUCUCGUUAGCGCUGGCUCAUAGUUCUGCGCUCAGCAUACAAGUUACUUUGCGCCCUCGGACAGUCCCGACCUAAGCCAUCAUCAUGGACAUUCACCGAUCCCGGUUCGUGCCCUACACUUCGUCCGCGAUCAACGCGCUCGCGUUUUCACACACCAAAGCCGAGCAUGGGAGUCAUGAGCCCGAGUCCUUGAGACUUGCCAUCGGACGUGCAAACGGCAACGUUGAGAUAUGGAACCCGGCCAACGGGGCUUGGCUGCAAGAGAAGGUUUUCUACGGCGGCAAAGACCGAAGCGUUGAAGGGCUGGCAUGGACACAAGAACCGGAUUUCAAGGACGCGCACAACAAGACCAUAUCAGGUCGGCUGCGGCUGUUCAGCAUUGGCUACUCGAGUAGCGUCACUGAAUGGGAUUUGGCAACUGGUCUUCCCGCGCGACAUUCGAAUGGCAAUCACAGCGAAGUGUGGUGUUUUGCCGCACAGCCCAGGAUGGGCGCUAAGACACCAGGAAGAGGAAAGGCAGACAGCUAUGCGCACCAAAAGCUCGUCGCCGGCUGCGCAGACGGUACCCUCGUCUUGCUUUCUACAGAAGACAACGAGCUCACUUUUGAGCGAUUCGUUUCUCGCGCAACGAACAAGAAAGCCCGUGCUCUCAGUAUCACAUACAAGGACAACGACGUCGUCUUGGCCGGCUUUGCGGACAGUACCAUUCGUGUGUUUGAUACAAGAAACGGAAACGUCAUAAGGAACAUUUCCCUGGGAAGUGGCCCUCAUAGUGGGCCGAAAGAGAUCUUAGUAUGGAAAGUCAAAUGCCUCCCGGAUGGCGACUUUGUGUCUGGGGACUCUACCGGCGACAUCAGGAUCUACAAUGGCAAGACUUUUAGUCAGACACAGAGAAUUUCGGGGCACGAGGCCGACGUGCUUGACCUUGCAGUCUCUCAAGAUGGGUCGAGCAUCUUUAGUGCGGGCAUGGACCGCCGUACGUGCUUCUACACCAGCAAGAAGGGCGUUGCCCAGGGGCAGAGUGGAAAAUGGCGUAAGAUGUCUCAUAAGAGGUACCACGAGCACGAUGUCAAGGCUAUGGCGACAUAUGAGGGCAACAAGCUGAGCGUGAUGGUCUCGGGAGGCAUCGAUACACAGCCCAUCGUUGUCCCCAUCCGCGCGUUUGGUAGAGAGGUAAGCCGUGGUCUUCCAGCUUUGCCCCCUACCCCACCCCUCGUGAGUGCUCCGGAUGCCCGACUUCUGGUCAGCUGGUGGAACACAGAAGUGCGCAUAUGGCGAGUCAAGCCCCAGGUUGAUGGUACGGAGAAGCCAAAGGUGGUUGCACGCCUAGCACUCGAGGGCGAGGAAAACAUAACAUCGGUUUCUAUCAGCCGAGACGGUGGGCUCCUUGCAGUUGCGACCAUCAGCGAGGUGAAGCUGUUCCAAAUCGUACGUCCGCAGCUAGGAGCUAGCGCAGGACUCCGCAUAAGGAAAUUGGAUUUGCCUUCCAUUGCCGCUGCAAGAACUGUGAAGCUGGAGGCAAACGGCAAAUGGCUCGUAGUAGUCACCGCAACAAACGACAUCCAGUUGGUCAGGAUCGUGAAGACGGAUGACCCAGCCGAUUCACCUCGCGCAUUGGACACGCUGCAGCAUCUCCUCCGUCUUCAUCGUGAUAAUCUUCCGCAGAACUCACUCAAUGGACCGUCGGGGCCAUAUGAACGCUCCAUCACACAUGUCGACUUCUCCACGGACGGCAAUCUUCUUGCCGUUGUUGAUCUCGCUGGUUACAUUGAUACUUGGGUCAUUGAAGGACAUGAGGACUCGACUGCGCCAGAGGUAGACAUUGAUGAUACAGCCCCGGCUGAUGAUGAGGAAGAGGACUCCCACGAUGAUGAAGAUGAGACAAAGGAACAAAUAACCUUCUUGGGACAGCGCUGGAUACGUAAUCCUUCUAGCCACCUGCUCCCACGCCUCGACUCCACACCUGUCUUACUCUCGUUCCAACCGAGCUCAGACGACGAGUUGGAUCGACCGCAACCGAAUGGCAACCCGGCUGUCCACCCCACAAGGCAGAACCCGCACCCUCACUCGCGCGAAUUGCCUACUACAGAUUACCGGUUACUGGUCGUAUCUGCAGAGCAUCAGUUAUACCUCUUCGAGGUCAUGGCUGGUCGACUGUCAGAAUGGACAAGAAGGAACCCACUCUCGAGCUACCCUCACGAAUAUCAACAGCUUGAUCUUCCAGCAAAAGGCUGUAUUUGGGACAUUCAAGACACAGAACAGCGAAUAUGGCUGUAUGGGGAGAAGUGGCUGUUCAUGUUCGACCUCACCAAGGACUUCCCGAUCUCGGACUCUAGUAAAUCCGGCCUUUCAAAGAAGCGGAAACGAGAGGCAGCUAAAGACCAUAGCGGCGCCGGUGCCGCGAUGACCCAGAAAGAAGUAUCGGUUACCAAGAUGCGGAAAUUCCAAGGGGCUAAGGAAACCCAAUCUAGUAAGACGAAUUGGGUCGACGUGAAUGCUACCAACGGUAGGACGGCUCAAGAAGACGACGAUGACGACGUGGAAGAGAGUAGUCAACCACUGGCGAAUCUCAGACGGACUGUUACGCAAGACAAUGAACUUCUGCCCAACGGCACAUUUGAAGAUAUGACGGGUGGAGGAGAGGUUGGUGAAGUAGUCGAUCAGCGGAAACAUAACGAUCCAUGGUGGCACACUUUCAAAUACCGCCCAAUACUAGGCAUCCUCCCGAUAAGCAGCGAUGACAGUCAUCAUGCGCCUGAGGUGGUCCUUGUGGAACGGCCUUCGUGGGAUUUAGACCUUCCUCCUCGGUUUGUUGGGACACAUGAGCAGUGAGUGCGGGCUUGGGCGUUGCCGUAGAAGUUUGCAAGAUACCUAAUGAUGUUAUCCGGUAUAAUUGUCUUCAGGGCAUCUUUCCCCUUAGUAUGCUGUGAACGACCAGAUGAUGCGCUGCAAACUUGAGAAUAACUAAGCCUCAUACACCCGGACUCUGGCCAUGAUGGAACUAAGUAUCACUAGAGUCUAAUAUAUAGAUUUUAAAUUAGAGACAUCAUUAU